AUGGUAUCAUCAAGGAAAACAUUUAUCAGGAAGAUGUUUUUUUGCGAUACCGAACAAUAACAUUUUGGUAAUUAGGCUGGUGAGCCUUUAGUUCUUUAUCAAGGUAAGUUGUCGUUGGUAUUGCAACGAAAUGUUUUACGAAAGUAAAAUGCUUCCUAGAUCAACUCUUUAGUUGGCUAUAACAGUUGAUGUUGUAUUAUAAUAGUAUAGCAAGGUUGCAGUGGUGCUUCGUGAUGAACAAGUAAUUAGAGAUGAAAAUAAUGUUUGUUAUAUUGGUAGGAGUAUAGAAAAGGAUAGAAUGAUUUUCAGGAAUCGCGCUAGCGGCUAUAUUGUUAGAUUCUAUGGUACUAUCAUCAGGCUUUGGGGAUUACGAAGCACAAUUUGCGUGAACUUCGACUCCCAACUGUUAAAAAAUAAAAAUCAUCGUUUGUUGAUUCCAAAAAGAAUUCAGAAUAUGUCUGAAAUAUUGGGAGGAAGUCUUAAAUAGAAUCUCUGUUUCAUGAACAUUGACAAGAUUUUGUUGAUGUUUCACUUAGCAUUCCUUGUAAAAAUAAGUCUGAAAAUUCGCUGUUAGUAUUAUCAGUGGUGAUGCUGUGUUAAUCAAUAAAGAAGCAAGUCAAAGUAAAUAUUUAAUCUGCAUGUUCAGUGAAACAAUCACUCAAUAUGAAACUAGCAUUUAGUAUAGUGUGGAAAGUCAAAAACCUAAAUCUUUAAACAAUGCGUACGCUUGCUGCGAUCUUACUCUCUUUGUCUUGAAAUUUGAAUUAAUAUAUUCCAAGAAAAGCAAAUAUUUUCAUGAAAAAUGUAUUCCUUUGAUCCUAUCCACACUAUCAUGUAUGAAUCGUACCACUUGUGGGUUUCUUAAAUGUUUGGCACAUAUAAGAUAAGGAAACAAUAAUCAGUGUUAAGGUGUCCCAGUUGAAGCAAUUGACUGCUCUGUAGUUCAACACAUUAAGCUGCAUAAUAUAUAGUUAUUUAUCUAUUUUCCUUUUUGUUUGGCUGCCCUAUCUUUCUAGAUCUAUUAGAAUUACCAUUGCCUCUCUCACUCCUAUUUUCGUGUUUAAUUCGUUAAAGUGGAAGCUAUGGUACAUAUGCAUCACUGUGCAUUUUCAACUCUGACCAUUCAUUGAUUGCCAACAACACUAUCAGAAAAUCGUAGCGGAUGAGGACAGAUACUCCAUAUUACUAACAGAACAUCAUUAUAAUAUAUAGUGAUUUUAUAUGAUCCAACCAAUAGGUCAGAAUUAUCUCAUCCUUCUUAUCUGAGCCCUUCAUUAACGAGCUGUAUUCAGGUACAAGCGAUAGAUCCAAUUUAGAGGUGAGAAGAGGUUUUUGACUUUGGCAAUUUUUCUGAAAGAUAUAAUCAUGUGUGAACCGGAAUCUGAUGCUGCUCGUGGGGUUUUUAGUUUUCUUGAUGUGGACCAACUUUUUAGUUCCAACUAUUACGGUGACAGUAGACAGCAUGACAUUGAAAUCUCUCAUGAACAAUAUGCCAGAGAAAACCGCUGUCACCCAUCAUAUUGCAACGUUGAAAAUGACGAGCGUAUUGCUCAGGCUCUACAAGAAGAACUGUCAGAGUUGUCCAUUGCAGAAGAUGCUGAAUCUUCACAUGCAGAUCAGCAGUACUUGCAAGCCUCCACUGGUGUACAACACUGGCAGGUUCCUCCUAGGGAGUACUAUGCUGGGUAUGAUACUCGCCUAGAAGCUGAUGAUUUAGGGCCUUCAAGUUCUUGCUCUAGUCCUGGCAACAGAUCAUAUGAUGGAGAAGAGUAUACCUACACAUUGGACAUACAAGAUGAAUUUGAGAUUGAUGGAGAAGUAGGGAAGAGAAUAAACCAGCUGAGUGCUGUUCCUCAUGUUCCUAGAAUAAAUGGAGACAUACCUUCAGUUGAUGAAGCAACCUCUGAUCACCAAAGGCUGCUAGAUAGAUUGCAACUAUUUGACUUGGUGGAGCACAAAGUGCAAGGAGAUGGCAACUGUCAGUUCCGUGCUUUAUCAGAUCAAUUCUAUCGUACCCCAGAGCAUCACAAAUUUGUCAGACAGCAAGUAGUCGCUCAGCUUAAAGCUCAUCCAGAGAUGUAUGAGGGAUAUGUCCCAAUGGCAUAUGAUGAAUACUUGAAGAGGAUGUCCGAGAAUGGCGAAUGGGGCGAUCAUGUUACACUGCAGGCUGCCGCUGACUCGUAUGGUGUGAAAGUUCUUGUUCUAACAUCAUUCAAAGACACAUAUUACACUGAGAUUCUUCCGAAGGAUCAAAAGUCAAACAGAGCCAUAUACUUGAGUUUCUGGGCGGAGGUGCACUACAACUCAAUCUACCCUCAAGGAGACUUCCUGCCAUGUGAUGAUUUUAAGAAGAAGAAGAAGAAGUGGAGUUUCUGGAACAUGCAUUAAGAGUUCUUGACCUAUAUAUUCAAGGCAAACACUACCUGCAUCGGCGUCAUCCCGGCUGCGGUACACAGCUUCUAGUGCAGUACUUACUAUACAUUACAAUAACAACUAUGCCUCAAUUCUGAGCAAGUUAGGAUUGGGUAACUUUGCAUUCUUUUUCUUUAUGAUAAAUAAUACUUACUUCUACAUUUUUACAUAAUUGUUCACAUGAUUAUUAAAGUAUAGCAAUGGUCGAUAGUUUGUUAUCAGUUGCAUACGAAUAAGAUCAUAUUGUUUAUACAGAUAUCUUGUUUCUGUUCAAACAUUGUGGUCCAGCAUGCACAUUUCUCCAGUUAUUUCAAUGGUUUAUACAAAUUACAUGCA